AGACUAGGCAGUGAGGGUGAUGUGUCCUGCCAUCCCGAAACACUUCAUCGGUGCCUCAAUUCCCCAUGUGGGGCAGUGACAGGCGCUGGGAAUGAAGAGCUCUCUGCCGGUGUUUUUUGCACGACUUCCUUUCGGCAAUAUUUUUACUCCAAGCUCGGACCUUUGCAUCUGGAGAGGGCCAAAUGUGAACUGCGUUGACAGUACUGGAUACACUCCCCUGCACCAUGCUGCUUUGAAUGGUCAUAAGGAUGUGGUGGAAGUUCUGCUGAGGAACGAUGCGCUCACCAACGUAGCAGACUGUAAAGGCUGCUACCCUCUUCACCUGGCAGCUUGGAAAGGAGAUGCAGACAUAGUGAAGCUCCUCAUCCACCAGGGACCGUCGCACACUAAAGUGAAUGAGCAGAACAACGACAACGAGACGGCGCUGCACUGCGCCGCGCAGUACGGCCACACGGAGGUGGUGAAGGUGCUGCUGGAGGAGCUGACCGACCCCACCAUGCGCAACAACAAGUUCGAGACGCCCCUGGACCUGGCCGCGCUCUACGGGAGGCUGGAAGUCGUGAAGAUGCUCUUGAACGCUCACCCCAAUCUUUUAAGCUGCAACACUAAGAAACACACUCCGCUGCACUUGGCAGCCAGGAACGGUCACAAAACGGUGGUCCACGUCCUCCUGGAUGCUGGCAUGGAUAGCAACUAUCAGACUGAAAAAGGCAGUGCUUUGCACGAAGCUGCUUUGUUUGGCAAGACAGAUGUGGUACAAAUAUUGCUGGCUGCAGGUAUUGAUGUGAACAUAAAGGAUAACAGAGGCCUGACAGCUCUGGAUAUCGUGAGGGAGCUUCCUUCUCAGAAAAGUCAACACAUAGCAGCUCUUAUUGAAGAUUACACAAUUGGGAGGAAAAGUGCCAAAGCUGCGGAGAAGACUGCCCAAGCAGCACUUGUUCCGGCCACUGAUCCCGUGUGUCGGAUACCUCAGGGUGAUGUGGAGAAGGCAGUGACAGAACUGAUCAUAGAUUUUGAUGUGAACCCUGAAGAGGAGAGCCCCUAUGAAGCUUUAUACAAUGCAACCUCCUGCCACUCCCUGGACAGCCUUGCCAGUGGGAGAUCUUCAGAUCGAGAGUCCAUGAAUAAGGAGGCGGAAGGAGCUGGUCUGAAAGCAGCAGGAGUCAGGCCUAGAGAACGUCCACCCCCGCCUGCCAAGCCGCCGCCCGAUGAAGAGGAGGAGCAGCACGCGGAGAAGAUGAUAGGCCACGGUGCUUUCUGUGAGGCCUCUGUUGCACGAGGAAAAAGCAGGGGAAGUGGAGCUGAGGAAGAGGAACACCCGUACGAGCUGUUGCUUACAGCAGAAACUAAGAAGCCAGUUGCGGUGGAUAGAAAAACAAAAGACCACAGGAGGAGCAGUGGCAGCCGCAGCCAAGACUCCGCAGACGGCCAGGACAUCCAGGUUCCAGAGCAGUUUUCAGGGUUGCUCCACGGUUCUUCCCCAAUCUGUGAAAUAAGCGAGGAUCCUUUCAGGCUCGUUUCCUCCGUGGAGAAAGGAGGCACGGAAGCUACAAGCCACCCACCUGCUAUGCAGCUGGAGGAUGCUGCCUUACCUGCCUCUGGAUCAGUACGGACCGGCUCUCCAGACCAAAACCAGAAAGCAGUCUAUGCAACCGUCCAGCACACGCACGCCAACCGGGCGGAUCCUGAAACUGUAGUCACGCCCCAUGUGCUCCAGCACCCCGGCGGUGCCGAGGACGAGGGGGACAGAGGUGGCGCUGUGGGCAGAGCCCACCCGGGGAGCAAGCCCAAAGCCGAGCUCAAACUCAGCCGCAGCUUGUCCAAAUCGGACUCUGAUCUUCUGACCUGCUCUCCGACGGAGGACGAUGCCAUGGGGAGCCGGAGCGAAUCGCUCUCGAACUGCAGCACCGGGAAGAAGAGGCUGGAGAAGUCCCCGUCCUUUGCUUCGGAGUGGGACGAGAUUGAGAAAAUCAUGAGCUCCAUCGGCGAAGGCAUUGACUUCUCCCAGGAGCAGCAGAGGAUCUCAGGUUCGCGGAUGCUGGAGCAGAGUGUCGGGGAGUGGCUGGAGUCCAUCGGCCUGCAGCAAUACGAGAGUAAGCUGCUUUUGAACGGCUUUGAUGAUGUCCGCUUCCUGGGCUGUAAUGUCAUGGAAGACCAGGACCUUCGGGACAUCGGGAUCGGUGACCCGCAGCACCGCCGUAAACUCCUGCAGGCAGCUCGCUCCCUCCCGAAGUUAAAACCCCUGGGCUGCGAUGGGAACAGCCAGCCUUCGGUUCCCGCCUGGCUCGACUCUUUGGGGCUGCAGGACUACAUCCAGUCCUUCCUCUCGAGCGGCUACAGCUCUAUCGACACUGUGAAAAACCUCUGGGAGCUUGAAAUAGUAAACGUGCUGAAGGUGAACCUGCUCGGCCAUCGGAAGAGGAUCAUCGCCUCGCUGGCAGACCGGCCCUACGAGGAGCCACCGGCCAAGCCGCCGCGGUUCUCGCAGCUGAGAUGCCAGGACUUGAUGUCCCAGACGUCGUCGCCCCUGAGCCAGAACGACUCCUGCACUGGCAGAUCCGCAGAUCUCCUGCUGCCCUCCGGAGACACUGGGAAGAGGCAACACGAGCGGGGCAGCGAGGUUGCGCCGUACUCCAGAGUUGACCGCUACAAAGCACAGGAGGAGCGUCGGGAGUCAAAGCUGACCCUGCGCCCCCCCAGCCUGGCUGCCCCGUACGCCCCAGUCCAGAACUGGCAGCACCAGCCGGAGAAGCUCAUCUUCGAGUCCUGCGGGUACGAGGCCAACUACCUGGGCUCCAUGCUGAUCAAAGACCUCCGAGGGACGGAGUCCACGCAGGACGCCUGUGCCAAGAUGAGGAAAUCCACAGAACAUAUGAAGAAGAUCCCGACCAUAAUACUGUCCAUCACGUACAAGGGGGUGAAGUUCAUCGAUGCCUCUAACAAGAACGUCAUUGCUGAGCACGAGAUCCGGAACAUUUCCUGCGCUGCUCAGGACCCCGAGGAUCUCUGCACGUUCGCCUACAUCACCAAGGACCUGCAGACCAGCCACCACUACUGCCACGUCUUCAGCACCGUGGAUGUGAACCUGACAUACGAAAUCAUCCUCACGUUGGGGCAGGCGUUCGAGGUCGCCUACCAGCUGGCCCUCCAAGCCCAGAGAGCGAAGCCGCUGGGCGCUGCAGCAGGAGAGACGAUCGAAACGAAAUCUUCCAAACCGGUGCCUAAACCACGAGCCGGCGUGAGGAAAUCUGCACUGGAGCCCCCUGAAGUGGACCAAGACUCCCAGUCUCAUGCCAGUGUCUCCUGGGUCGUGGACCCCAAACAGGACUCCAAGCGGACCCUCAGCACUAACUGAUCUCCGGGCAGCUGUCUCCUACCACGGAAAUGUAGUAACGGGGCAGAGACCUAAGAAGCAGUGGCCUGCUGACACGAAGAUCAUCUCCAUCUGGCACUGGUGUCUGCCUCGGAGUGGGUGCAUGGCUGCUCAGUGAGGGCUCCCAAAGCAGAGGGGGAAAGGGAUCCCAGCCUCCAGCUGAGAAAAGCAGCUCUCCAUUUCUAGCAAAGGAAAAGUUGAGACUUCCGAGGCCGAGAGCGAUGUCACGUUUCCUAGGCUGAGAAAAAAAAAAAAAAAAAACUUCUUUCGACCCGUUUCUUUUUUUUUACGUGUGAAAUGAUACAGAGUAAAUCCAGUUCACAGUUUAAAUGUAGCACUGCAGGUUUUUUUGGUGAGGGAAAAAAAAAUUGUCUUUAUUUACUGAGAAUCCACGCAGUCCGGCAAGGAGUACAAUAGAAAGUCUUAGCAGUGGGAGUGGUGUGCGCAUCUCUAAUGGUACUGAAAAUUGCUUCAAUUCUGGGUGAACAGUAGCGAAAUGCCAAAUUCUUGGAAAUAACUUCCUCCAGCGUGAGAAGCCUUGCAGGGUAAGUCUGCAUCCUUUGCUUUCCAAGCCAUUCCAUGCUUUUAUAGCGGAUGGAGAUAAGUUAAGGAAAAGAGUCUGCAAAGGAUCUUUCACCUCCGAGUGGUUGUGGCCAAGUAUUACCAAUGGUACAAAGCUCGCUUCCCCUACAGAGAACUGUUGCAUUGCAAUACUUGACAUUUCUAUGGCAAGGACACAAUUUCUUCCCAUUUACGCACUGAAUACCUGGAGGCGACUCCAGCCUCUUGUGCACCUGUCUUGUUUUUAAAUGCAGUUAUGCCCCGAAGGGUUGGAUUUUUUUAAGCUUAUUCAAUUGUGAUUUAGCACUUUUUUGAUACUAGCUCAUUAUUUAAUUAGUGCAACAGUUUUUGGAAGAUGAACAAAAAAAAAAGGAGUUAAAUUUUGGGCAUUACACUGAAACAGUCCAUACCCGAGGAUAAAUCAUAUCAACCCGAGGGUGGCUUGGCCCCAUUCGAAGUUCUGUAUCCCCAAAUACUGCCAUCUUGAAGGUGUGCUGUGCGCUGAUUUUUCUUUGAAUUACCAGAGUAUUUAACAGUAGUUUUGGCUGUGACUGAUGUGUUUUCACAGUACUGUUCCUCUCGGGGGAGAGCUGUUAAAACAGUUGUGAUUUUUAAUCCUUCAGAUGCAAAAACGUAGCGCGGCACAUUUGUUACAAUCUCGACAGGCAUUGUAAUGGUUGGGGAUGUGGUACCCUGCUGCUUUACUAGAAUGAUAUGCCCUAAUAAUUUCUGUUUAACUCCAGUUGCUGCUGUAUGUCAGGAUUUCAUUUAGUCUCUCCAGCCAGUAAGAUAGGAGAGAAGUGAACCAUAAUCCCAAGGGCAUAGACCUGUAAAUGAUUAGGAGGGGAAAGUGGAGAUUUUUUUUAAGUUGAUGAAUUUAGGAAACCUAACAUUCCUUGUUAUGCGUAUGUUGCAAUUCAUACUGGUGUAAGUGUAAAUAUUUGGUGUGUUGGCAACAAGUCUUUUUGGAGAGAUUGCAAAUUGAACCUCUGCUUGGGAGGAGGGACACCUUUCUUUUUUUGAUGCACGAGCUUUUUGAAGGUUGGCUUGGAGGUGACGUGGUGAUGAAGACUCCAAUCUUCAGGGGGCUGGAAUUGGUGACCCUGGUGGUCCUUUCCAGUCCUGUGUAUAAUUCCAUGGUUGUCUUUAGUGAUCCAACAGUUCUUUAGCCAGAUGCUCUUUCUCAUUUAAUAGACAAAGCAAUUGUUUCAGCAGUGCAUCUUCCCCUUUAAUUUCAGUGGGUUUUGAGGUACUUGCAUGCUGGAGACUGAUUCUGGACCAUGCCAGUCACUGACUCCUAGGAAUUUGUUUAACGCAUCCAUUACGCAGUAUUUUGGCUCUUCCUCCCUACAGGAUUUCAUGGUACCUGGAGGAAAGUGCCCUAAAUUUCUGGUGCUGAAUAUGACUGAAUUAAAAUGCAUCUGCUGUACUGCCUGCCUGGGAAAAGGUGGUGUUGCCCCAGGUUUUGUUCCCCUUUUCGAGAACAGAUUGUAGUUUACAGGCUUUGAUUUGUACACGGCAUGAGUCCAGGCUGAGAACUCAAGGCAAACAAACCAAGAUGUUUGCUAAGAUUUUUUUUACUAAGAUUUUUUUUUUUUAAUAAAGGAGGGGAUGAUUUUUUUUCCAAAUCGAAGUUGCUUUUUCCUUUUUAGUUUUGUCUUUACAAAAACAAACAAACAAAACCACCUAAUCUUAGCUGGUUUUGAACUUUCUUUGGGAUUUUUCCUUUUAGAAGAUAAAAAUUAUGCAACUCUUGUGGGAUACAUGCCUGUCUCCCUCCUAGGGAGGAGAUGGGGCACCUGCCAGGAUGUACCUCUAGUGAAAAGUUCAUGCCUUCACAAGGCUGCUGUGAGACACAGACCAGAUGCCAAAUAGUACCUCCAACCAACUCGUUCUGUGCCCAGCUGAUGUGGGUUCAGUUGCUUUAAUGCUCCUACCGCCCCACUUCAGAAGUUUCUAGCAGCAGAAUUUUCCCUGGCUUUCUUCUGCUUGCAUCAUUUCCAUGCAAUCAGAUCUUUAUUUUAGAGCAAGCACAGUGUUUACAACACUGUCUUGUUGCAAAAAGUCUCCCUUGUAGGUCUCCUAUUGGCAUUACUUACUGCAUUUUUUUUUUUUUCAAAAGGAAGUAAAUGUGCUGCUCUUACCAAGUAGAUCUAGUUCACUUUUCUUACCCGUGGAAGAAUAACCUGAGAUUCCCUAACAGGGCAGAGAACAGUCAAGUUCAGUUUGCAAUGUAGACAUUUUUGCUAAUUGUGAUGUAUGGCAGUGGGACUGAUUUGUAAUACAAAUGUUAUUUAAUCUGUCUGUAUUUUGAUACUUGAAUUUCCUUUUAUUUUCUGUAUAUACAAUUGUUAAUCUGUUCAAAUUCGUCUGAAUUUUCAACAUCUUGUGGUACCAAACAUAACCAAUCUGUGCAACAACAUAGACUGACCUCACUACAACAAGGCGAGAUUGUAAAUAUUCCUGGGCUUCCAGCAGUCGUUUUGUUGUUUUCAUAAUUGUACAACUUAGAACAGACUGAAUUAAUAAACAAACUUAGACACACA